AUGGUCCAAAACCAGACCUUUGUGAUCUACGUGAAAGACUCUGCCAACAACAUUCACAUAUGGGAUUUGAAUGAAAGUGAUAUUUUCCCAAUCUAUUCAGUUCCUUUCCAGAAGAAUAUCACUUGUCUGAAGCUGUGUCCUUCCGUUGAGGGAAGUGAGAACAGCAAUGCUUUUCUGGUACUAGCAACAGAUGACGGCUCACUCUACAUGCACCAUUUGAAUACAGAUCAUGGCCAACAACCUAAAUCUACAUAUGAAGAACACGUGAAAACAUUUUUGAAUUACGUCAGCAGAUUGUAGCAUUUUUUACAAAUAUAACUUUUGGACACUGAUA